CCGCCGCCAUGCAAGGGGAGGACGCCAGAUACCUCAAAAGGAAAGUUAAAGGAGGGAAUAUUGAUGUACAUCCAUCAGAAAAAGCACUCAUUGUUCAAUAUGAAGUGGAAGCUACCAUUCUUGGAGAAAUGGGAGAUCCCAUGUUGGGAGAACGGAAGGAAUGCCAAAAAAUAAUACGUCAUCUUAAUGAAGGAGAGAUUAUAUUAAACAUUGAAUAUGGAGUAUAUUCUAGAGAAAAUAAGAUUUUUAUUGAUGAAGUUGCUAAUAUUAAUGACAUGGAUGAAUACAUUGAAUUAUUAUAUGAAGAUAUUCCUGACAAGGUUCGGGGUUCCGCUUUGAUCUUGCAGCUUGCUCGAAAUCCUGAUAACUUGGAAGAACUACUAUUGAAUGAAACUGCCCUUGGUGCAUUAGCAAGAGUCCUGAGAGAAGACUGGAAGCAAAGUGUUGAAUUAGCUACAAACAUAAUUUACAUCUUUUUUUGCUUUUCCAGCUUUAACCUGCAAGAGGUUGCUCUUUAUUUGCUUCUGAAUCUUGCUGAGGAUACUCGUACAGAACUAAAAAUGAGGAAUAAGAACAUAGUUCACAUGUUGGUGAAGGCUCUUGAUCGGGACAAUUUUGAGCUGCUUAUUCUAGUUGUGUCAUUCUUGAAGAAACUCAGCAUUUUUAUGGAGAAUAAAAAUGAUAUGGUGGGAAUGGAUAUUGUUGAGAAACUGGUAAAAAUGAUACCCUGUGAGCAUGAAGAUCUACUGAAUAUCACCCUCCGGCUUUUACUAAACCUGUCCUUUGACACAGGCCUGAGGAACAAGAUGGUACAAGUUGGUCUGCUUCCCAAACUCACUGCACUCCUAGGCAAUGAAAACUACAAACAAAUAGCAAUGUGUGUUCUUUACCACAUAAGCAUGGAUGACCGCGUUAAAUCAAUGUUUGCAUACACAGACUGUAUACCACAGUUCUGUUUUAUUCAGGAUUAUGUUGGGGAUCUUGCAGCCCAGAUCUCUAAUGAUGAAGAGGAGGAAUUUGUUAUUGAAUGUUUGGGAACUCUUGCAAAUUUGACCAUUCCAGACUUAGACUGGGAAUUGGUUCUUAAAGAGUACAAGAUGGUUCCAUACCUCAAGGAUAAACUAAAACCAGGUGCCGCAGAAGAUGACCUUGUUUUAGAAGUGGUUAUAAUGAUUGGCACUGUGUCCAUGGAUGACUCUUGUGCUGCAUUGCUAGCCAAAUCUGGAAUAAUCCCUGCACUCAUCGAAUUGCUAAAUGCUCAACAAGAAGAUGAUGAAUUUGUAUGUCAGAUAAUUUACGUCUUCUACCAGAUGGUUUUCCAUCAAGCCACAAGAGAUGUCAUAAUCAAGGAGACACAGGCUCCGGCAUAUCUCAUAGACCUGAUGCAUGAUAAAAAUAAUGAAAUCCGGAAGGUCUGUGAUAAUACGUUAGAUAUUAUAGCGGAAUAUGAUGAAGAAUGGGCUAAGAAAAUUCAGAGUGAAAAGUUUCGCUGGCAUAACUCUCAGUGGCUAGAAAUGGUAGAGAGUCGUCAGAUGGAUGAGAGCGAGCAGUACUUGUAUGGGGAUGAUCGAAUUGAGCCCUACAUCCAUGAAGGAGAUAUUCUCGAAAGACCUGACCUUUUCUACAACUCAGAUGGAUUAAUUGCCUCUGAAGGAGCCAUAAGUCCAGAUUUCUUCAGUGAUUAUCACCUUCAAAAUGGAGAUGUAGUUGGGCAGCACUCAUUUCCUGGCAGCCUUGGGGUGGAUGGCUUUGGCCAACCAGUUGGCAUUCUUGGACGCCCUGCCACAGCUUAUGGAUUCCGCCCUGAUGAACCUUACUACUAUAGCUAUGGAUCUCGAUAAAGUCAUCCCUUUCCAUGAGUACUCUCAGUUUAGAAGGAAUCUGUGUGGGUUGGGUUAACUCUGAAUCUUGGCCUAAUAAUGCAUGUUGAUACUAUUGUGGGUCUGUGUUUCUUUCAUUUCUCCAUGUUGUUAGCUGCAGAUUAACUCCAACUCUUCGGUCUUCUGUUAAGUGCAGUUGGUGGUGACACUGUUCAUUCAUCAAAUCACAUCUUGAUGCUGAAUAACAUUUCCCAUGAGACUUAAAAUUGAAUGUUGAAAAGCUACAAGACUGGAAAACAAACACUACAUUAUGUACAUUAAGUGACUAAUUUAAUUUCUAUUAAAAAGAACCAUAAAAUGCAAAUGAAUGAAAGU